GUGGAGUGUGUCAGUGAAGAUGAGCUGUCUUUCUUUGCCCAGCUAAGUGGUGCCAGACCUGUCUCAGACUGCUGGAUGGUUGAACCAGACAACGUUGCUACACUGACCUUUUGCCGACCAAUACUACUGGGAGCCCAUAGGUAUGUCCAUGUGGCUUUUAAUGAUUUGGAGGAAAGGCUCACAGUCAAACCCUGCAGUCUGAUCAUUUGUGGUCCAGGGGAAAGUCAAACUGACCAGUGUGCAAGUGCUUUUCAAGAUGCCAUCCGCAUGCUACUUUCAACGUGGGAACCCAUGGGUGUGUGUGGGGAGGUAUUUUCGAGAAAUCUGGCUUCUUCUGCAUCUGACCGCUUGCGUGGCAGGUCUGACAGGGAGAUGCAGUCUGUUCGGACGACACCACGUUCACACUUUUGACGGUGUUUUGUACGAGUUUCCUGGAGACUGCAGCUACCUACUGGCUGGAGACUGCAACCAUCGCUCCUUCACACUGCUGGGAGAUUUUGUUGGUGGCAAAAGAACUGGAGUCACUCUGUUUCUGGGGGACGCCUUUGAGCUGCACCUGUCUGUCGACGGACGGCUCUCACAGGGAGAAAAAAGAUUGUCCCUGCCCUAUGCAUCUCACACCGUGUUUGUGGGCUCAGAGCUCGGCUUCUAUAAACUUUGGAGCGAGGAGUUCGGCUUCACCGUUACCAUCGACAGUGCAGCCAGCAUCGCCGUGACGCUCACCAAACACCAUGCCAACCGCACCUGUGGCCUCUGCGGCAACUUCAACUCUGAAACAGCUGAUGAAUACACCGCUCAAGAAGGAUUCCUAACAGAGGAUAGUUAUGACUUUGCAAACUCAUGGGCGGUGAAGGGAGCCGGUCAGUCAUGUCGACGCAUGUCCAACCCCGGCCAGUCCUGUAACAGCUCCAAAGAGACUUCAGCGAUUUUGUCCAGCUGCAACGUGUUGCAGACGUCCAGCGUGUUCCUGCACUGUGCCCACCUGGUCUCUCCAGAGGCGUUUCAGAUGCUUUGUCAGGAGGAGGCGUGUCACUGCGACCACAGGGACAAGGAAGACUGCUACUGUCCAAUCCUGUUGGAGUAUGCUCGCACGUGUCGUGCGCACGGGAUACCUCUUCAUGGCUGGCUGGAGGACAGCCAGUGCUUCCCAAAGUGUCCGAUUGGGAUGCAGUACAGCGAAUGCACCAAGUCCUGCUCUACAACCUGCCAUAGUCUCAACAUCCAGGAGGUCUGCAAGGAGGAGUGUGUGGAUGGCUGUACAUGCCCUGUGGGUAAGGUUCUGGACGGUAAUCGUUGUGUGGAAGUGUCUCAGUGUUCCUGUGUGCACAUGGGGCGACAUUUCCCCCCUGGAUCCACUAUCUCACAGGACUGCAACAGCUGCGUGUGCCGUCACGGUUCCUGGGAGUGCACCAAUGAAGGCUGUCCCGGUGAGUGCUUGGUGGUGGGCCAGUCUCACUUCAAGACCUUUGACAACAAGUUCUUCACCUUCACCGGUCGCUGUCAGUAUCUGCUCGCUAGAGACUGCACAGACAGCGGGUUUUCUGUCAUAAUUGAGAACGUUCAGUGUGCAGAUGAUCAGGAUGCUGUGUGCACACGCUCAGUGACGCUCAGCCUGCCCUCUCUGGAGGACAUGACAGUGAAGCUGAAGCAUGGAGGAGUUGUCUCUGUAAACAGCAUGGAUAUCCAGACUCCAAUGCACCACGGCCGUCUUCAUAUCCAGAGAUCUGUCCAGUCGUCCGUACGAGUGAAGUUUGGGGACGACCUUCGUCUGGACUGGGAUGGACGGGGUCGUGUGCUUUUAAAGCUGGGACCACAUUGGGCAGGGCGGACUUGUGGUCUCUGUGGUAACUACAAUGGUAACCAAGGGGAUGACUUCCUGUCUGGAUCUGGCCUGGUUGAGGCAAGUCCUGAGUCAUUCGGCCAGUCGUGGAGGAUCAACGGAGACUGUUUAUCCACCCACAAACACGUGAUUGAUCCGUGUGCCAUUAAUCCCAAACGAGUGAGGUUUGCAGAAGAGGCGUGUUCAGUCAUUAUGUCGGACGUGUUCAGUCCGUGCCACUUCAUGGUGAACCCGGGCCCGUUCCAGCGGUUCUGUCGCUAUGAUGUGUGUGCAUGUGUGGAUGGCGAGGAGUGCCUCUGCUCUGCUCUGGCUGCCUACUCAGCGGCCUGCGCUGCCAGAGGAGUGCUGCUCAACUGGAGGUCCCCCUCACUCUGCGCGCUGAAGUGCACUGGCGGUCAGGUGUAUGAGGCCUGUGGGAGUAUGUGUGACCGGACGUGCCGCGCUCUGUCUGGGGCGGAGGCAGGCUGUGAGGGGGAGAGGGUGUGUGAGGAGGGCUGCUUUUGCCCUGCUGGGAAGUACCUGAGCGACUCGGGAGAGUGUGUGACGGCCGACCUGUGCACCUGCCUGCACGAUGGACAGGUCUACCAGCCUAAUGACGUCUACGCAGAUCACAACAGCAUCUGCAACUGUGAGAAUGGCAACAUGCACUGUAGCUCCAAUGAGGAGAGCACUUUACUGUCUGACCUCUUCUAUGACGACGACUUGGCACCAUCCAGAGAGCGACGGUCAGCCCAGUGCCCUCCUCCACUGAUCCGUGCAGACUGUGAUGCAGGACAAAAAGGCCUUGAGUGUGCCAGAACCUGCCAGAAUCUGGAUCUGCCCUGUGUCAGUCUCGCCUGCAUUCCCGGCUGCCUCUGUCCACCAGGCACAGUACGUCACCGCAGAGACUGCAUUGCACCGGAACAGUGUCCCUGUUACCAUAACAACAGGCCAUAUGCAUCAGGACAGACCAUCUCCGUGGACUGCAACACCUGUGUGUGCAAGAACAGGAAGUGGCGUUGCACAGAGAAAGUGUGCGAUGGUGUGUGCCGCACGGUGGGGGAGGGGCAUUACAUCACUUUUGAUGACCUCAAAUACUCCUUCCCUGGCCUCUGCCAAUAUGUCCUGGUCCAGGAUAUGUGUAACGGAGAAGAGGGUUCAUUCAGAGUGCUGGUAGAGAACGAGGCCUGUGGAAUUGUGGGACAUCGCUGUGCAAAAGCUGUCACGAUCUUCUACCAGGGAGGGUUGAUUGUAAUGCAAGACGGAGAGGUGAAGAUGAAGAGGCCGGUGCUGCAGGGCUCACAGGUGGAGAUUGUGCGCUCGGGUCAGUUUUACACACUGCUGCUGGGGAAACACAUCUCCCUCAGCUGGGACAAGGGAACUCGCCUCCUGGUCCACAUCUCAGCUGCAUACAGAGGUCGGGUGUGCGGCCUGUGUGGUAACUUUGAUGGGAACGUCAACAACGACUUGGUGAGCAGUAACAACCAGCUGGAGGUGGACUCAUCACACUUUGGGAACUCCUGGAAGGUUGCUCCCAGCUGUGCUGAUGUAACACAGAUACCUGCUCCUUGCAGCGACAACAUUGUCAAGCUGGUAACAGUGGAGCAGUCGUGUCGUCUGCUCACCGGCCCGCUCUUUAAAGAAUGCAACAGCCAGGUGGAUCCCGAGCCGUACGUAGAGAUGUGUGUGGAGGCAGCCUGCUCUUGUCCAUCAGUGGGUGACUGUGCGUGUUUCUGUGAUGUCAUCGCUGCUUACGCACAGGCCUGUUCAGAGGGGGGUGUAUCCAUCAGCUGGAGAUCCAAUGAUCUUUGCCCCGUGAGCUGUGAGGAGCUGAACCCCAGGAUCUCAGGUGGAGGGGAGGAGUUAUGCCAGUGGAGGUAUAAUACUUGUGGCCCAGCCUGUCCGAUCACCUGCCAGCACCCAGAUCCCCUCCACUGUUCGCUCUCAUGUGUAGAAGGAUGCCAUGCCUACUGCCCCCCAGGCCAACUGCUGGACGAGGUGGCCAUGCGUUGUGUAGAUCCCUCUCAGUGUCAGGUGUGUAUCCAUGAGGGUCAGAGGAUCUCUCACGGCAACAAGGUCACCCUGAACCAUGACGACCCCGAACACUGCAAGAUAUGCCACUGUGACAACAACACUCUGAGCUGCGAAGUUUGUACCUCCCUCACCGCGUUCACCACUCCCACACCGACACCGACCUACGGCACCUUCACGACCCUGCCCUUCACCACUUUGAUGCCUGAGGGAACGUGUGACCGCGCCAUGGAUCUGGCGUUCCUGUUGGAUGGUUCUGAAGCCCUGAGCGAAGAAGAAUUCCAGGCUACCAAAGAGUUUAUACUGGGUGUGGUGGAACGAUUCCGCAUGGGAUCAGCUCACACUCGAGCCACUGUGCUGCUUUACCACUCUGGAGUCAAAACAUAUGACCUGCAGGUUCAGAAGUGGCUGUUUAAGAAGACUGUGCGUGAGCUGCAUUACACAGGAGGAGAUGCAGCCUUCUUGGAUGAGGCUGUCAAGUAUCUGGUCAUCAACAUCUAUGACAAGAACAAGCGUGAGAAUGCCGGCCGUGUCGCCAUCAUCUUGACUGCUAGCGCCAACCCUCGCUCCGUCCGUGCCAUGACAAAGAUGCUCCGCAAGAAAGCCAUCACCACCCUCACAGUAGCGCUGGGUCCCGGGGUAAACAUGGCGCAGAUCAAUGACAUCACCAAGGUGAAUCCAGAGAACAGGGCGUACGUGCUGAGCAGCACAGCUGAGCUGCCGGAUCGUCUUUUAGACCUGACAGAUUACCUCUGCACCUUGGGGAUGGAGCCAGAGGUGCCGAAACCUCCAACACCAAAGACCACUCCAGCUGAAGUUCGCAAAGGCACGACCACCACAACCGUGGCUCCUCGUCUGGAGCCCAACCCAACACAACACCUCCCCAACAUCCCUACAACCACCGCACCCUCCGGACUGUCUUCCAUCACCACAUUGUCACCUUCCAGCUCUCCAGCCAGAGAUGUGACAUUCAUCCUGGAAGGCUCUGAUUCAGUCGGCGAGGUCAACUUUAACAAGUCACUCGUCUUCUUGGAGGAGGUUAUCUCACAGCUGACGGAGGAGGAGGAGGAGCACAUUCGCAUCACCGUGAUCCAGUACUCGGUAACAGUCACUGUGGAGAUCACCAGGUGGGAGCUGAGGUGGCAGAGGGACCUGCUGAUGCAGCGGCUGAGGGAGAUUCGAUGGAAGGGCGGCAGUAAGACGAACACAGGCGCAGCUGUCACUACGUUUCAGGAGAUGACCACGGUCCAGCCCUCACGCAGCCCCACGCCUCCUCAGCUGGUCUUCCUCGUGACAGAAAACCCACCUACUGACACAGUGACACGUCCGCCAUCCACCAGCACCCAGACACAGGUGUAUCCCAUUGGUGUUGGACCAAAAGUACGCGAUGUUGACUUGCUACCAUUCAGCUCCCCUCAGCGCCCGAUGAUGGUCGAUGACUACAACCAUCUGACGAGCCUGGUCCACCGUAUUGUCAAUAUCACCCACACCAAAGUCAGGCCCCGCUCUCCCACACUGCCACCACUGGUCCUCCCAACGCUUGCCAGCCUGCCACCCUCAGUGCCGUGUAAGAAGCCUGUGGAUGUGUUGUUCCUGCUGAAGGCUGGAGAGCAGAUUGAGGACAUGAAGACGUUUGUGAAAGCUUUCAUCAAUAAUGCUGAUAUAGUGCUGAAUGGCACUCUGGUGAGUGUGCUUCAGUAUGGAGAGACCAACACAGCAGAGUUCACCUGGAAGGAUGAACAGAGCAAAUCUCACCUCCUGAACCUGGUGGGGCGCAUACCAAGCAGGACCGCCGCUGCCCCUGCCCCUGCACUAGGCUCUGCGCUGCGGUUUGCUGUGCAGACGGCCAUCUCACCGGUCAGUGGUGGAAGAGUCGGUGUCCCAAAGGCUGUGGUGAUGCUGGUGACUGACAAAUCAGCUGACGAUGUCAAAGAAGCAGCUAAUGAGGCGCUGGCCGCAGGUGUGGCAGUGUUCCCCAUCGGAGUGGGACCAGGCUAUGACAGGAGUGAGCUCAGCCUGCUUGGACAACAUGGCAACCAAGACAACACCCUGCACCUGAACAGCAUGGAUCAGUUGCUGAUGUUGCUGACUCUGGAUCAUGGUUACACAGAGAGGAUAUGCAGAGCCGGUCCACCGGGAGUGUGUGUUGACGACAACGGAAAUGAGAGAAAGCCGGGUGAGUCAUGGAUGAUGGAGGACGGCUGUCACUCUGUCCUGUGCCACCCCAGUGGGGCAGUGACCGUGCUGAACCACAAAGUCAGCUGUGACAGACUGGAGCCGCCAGCCUGCAGCAACAACAUGCCACCCGUCAGAGUGGAGGAGACCUGCGGCUGUCACUGGGAAUGCCCUUGCAUGUGUAUGGGCAGCUCCACCAAUCACGUGGUGAGGUUUGACGGCUUGGCGCUUAGGCUGGACGGGGAGGGUUUGUGCACCUACACGCUUCUCGCUGAAGGCAGAAGCACCAGUCAGGGGUCAGAGGUCAGACUCCACACCGGACCGUGUCAGGACUCUGCGAAUUACAACCAAGUCUGCAUGAAAGCCAUGGAGGUGAUCCACGGGCCGCAUACACUGCUGCUGAAGGAUGAUAUGACGGCAGUGAUCGAUAAGGAAGACCUGGCGCUGCCGUGGCGGUACGCUGGCCUAGAGCUGGUGCGUUAUGGAGGUGUGAUGCUGCAGCUCAGGUCAGACCAUGGCUAUGUCGUGACUUUUACUCCUCAGAGCAAUGAGUUCACCAUCACACUGUCCAGCUCCACCAACACUGGCCUCACUGCUGGACUCUGCGGUGCCUGUGGGGAGGAGAAACUCAACGUCCUUUCUUUGCGUAAUGGCAACUCAACCACAGACCAGACAGCCUUCAUCUCAGACUGGACCAUAGCUGCAGAUGGGGGUGUGUGUCUGCCGAAGCGGAGGGCAGUGUGUGCGACCGGAGCAGCGAUGGGAUGUCAGGCCCUACGCUCUGAAGUGUUUGAACCGUGCCACGCGCACAUUCCCGUCCAGGUGUUCCUCGCCAAGUGUGAGGAGCAGACAUGCGAGGAGUCGGACGUGUGCGAGCUCAUUUCUGCCUACGCGCGCCUCUGUAGACAGAGAGGUGUGUGCGUGGACUGGAGGAGCCCCCACCUCUGCCCGUUGCAGUGCCCCAGCUCCAUGGAGUAUGACGCCUGUCGGACAGGUUGUGUAGAUGACUGUGGCAGCACACAGACGUUGCCAGGCGACUGGUCGGUUGCCAGGGGUAACGAGUCAGCCUGUAUGGACACACCUACUGAGGGCUGUUUCUGUACUGGGGGGACGGUUUUGCAUCACGGACAGUGUGUGCCGCCGGAAGCAUGCCGACAGUGUGUCGACCGACGCGGGCGCACAUAUACGUACAUGCAGAGCUGGGUACCAGACGACAACCCGUGUUCGAUCUGCAUGUGCUUGGACCAGCAACACAUCAACUGCACCACCCGGCCUUGCAACGACGUCAGAGCUCCGGUGUGUGGACCCUGUGAGAUCCGGAGGGAGAAGAGAGAGUCUAAGUGCUGCCCAGAGUACGAGUGCGUGUGUGAUCUGGUGAGCUGUGAUCUGCCUGACGUGCCCCGCUGUGAGGACGGUCAGGUUGUGGUCCUGAAAAACCCAGGGGAAUGUCAGCCUGUACACGAGUGCGUCUGCAAAAAGGAAGAGUGCGCCCUUCAACCUACCCCCGAUUGUCCCCCACACCGCCAGGUGUCGGUGAAAACGACAAAGUGCUGCGACGUGUUUGAAUGUGCGUGCAACUGCCAGAACUCCACACACACCUGCCCUGCUGGCUUCAUCACGUCCUCCUCUACUAACGACUGUGGCUGCACCGAAACCACCUGCCUGCCAGAUGCGGUGUGUGUGGUCGGCGGCGUGGUUCACCCAGUGGGGAGCGAAUGGGAGGACGGCUGCGAGAAGUGCAGCUGCACCCAGCUACUGGAUAAAGACACAUCGCUUCACAUUGCUCAGUGUACCCCACCUGUGUGUGAUCGAAGCUGCCCAAUGGGCUCAACAUACACUGCAUCAAAAGGAGAGUGCUGUGGGAAGUGUACACCGACCAGCUGUGUGGAGUCAGAGGGAGUGAUGCGAGGAGACACAAUGACUGGAGGAAGCCUCAGAAAUGUCGGAGAGGUUUGGCAGUCUCCAGAUGAUAAAUGUGUGUUAAAAAGGUGUCUGAAAGUGAGAGAAGAGGUGUUCAUCUCUGCAACAAACGUCAGCUGCUUAGCUAUGGACGCUCCGUCCUGCCCAUUGGGAACCGAGCUGCGCUGCGACACACAGGAUUGCUGCCCGCGCUGCCACUGCGCUCCUAUGAAUGCCUGUGUCCUCAACCACACUGUGAUAGGAGCAGGGGAGAGGAUGAUGGUGGAUGUGUGUACACACUGUGAGUGUACGGUGGAGGAAGGGGCUGUGAGUAAAUACAGACUGUCCUGCAGGAGAAUCAGCUGUCCCACUUGCCCCAUGGGAUACACUCUGCAUAAGGAGGAAGAUGCUUGCUGUGGUCGAUGUGUCGCCACUGCCUGCUUCAUACAAAGGCCAGAUGGACAACUAAUCAGUCUGGAGGUGAACACCACUAGCCAGGAAGGUUGCAACUCGUACACCUGUGGCGUGAACAGUAAAGGAGAUCUUGUCCUGCAGACCAAAGUGACCACCUGCCCUCCUUUUGACCGCCAGGCGUGUCUGAACGAAGGGGGGAAAGUCAGCCAGAUUGGAACAACCUGCUGCGAGAUGUGUACCGAGCCACAGUGUCGGAGGACAGCGGGAACACUGAACUACAUCAGAGUGGAUGACUGCCAAUCAGAGCAGCAGAUAGAAUUGCAGUACUGUGAGGGCAAAUGUCGCAGUAAGUCCAUGUACUCCCUGGAGAGGGCGGCUGUGGAGCAGGAGUGUGUGUGCUGUUCUGCUGUGGAGACGGAGCCGCUGAGCGUCCCGGUCCUGUGUGCCAACGGCACUCGUAGCCACCACACCAUCCUGUCUGUCACUGCGUGCGACUGUCUGUCCAAACACUGCACCUAGAGCGAGAGAGAGAGAGAGAGAGUUUAUAAUUGUAGAUGGUAUGUGUGUAUCCAAGUCAAAUAUAUCAAUAUACAAAACAAUGUAAGUGGCUACAAUGACUCACAUUUUAACCAGUAACAACACAAUUAACAAUAAAACAAACCUGUUAGUUUCUAUAA